AUGCCUGGCCCGCACUACAGUAGCACUGGCUGGGCGCAAUACGACUACUACGAUGAUUUCAAUGCAUUCCCCACUGGAUCCACCGCCAACCUGGCGGGUUCGUCUCCUGCAGAUCUUUCCGAGCAGCACUACGCUUUCCCGCAAGCCUAUUACGACCAACGGGCUGACUCCGAUGUUGGCCCGCCAUCGAUGGCGGCUGUCGCGAGGCAGCACAGCGAUGUGCCCAGUUGCAGCACGGUAGCAAUAUCUCCCCUUGAACCCUUCCACCCCAACCCCGCGGCGCUCACUGGCAGCGUCACCCGCGCUCCGUCGCCAUCGAUAUCGCUCUACGGCGGGCCGUACUUCCGGCCGGCCCGCACCCCGGGUCUAGAACGCCAGCUGCGAUAUGCGGCCUCCUCGGCGUCAAGUGGCCCCGCGCGCUCUGCAGCCGCGAUGGGCUUCCCAGUCUGCGACGCCACUGGCGGGGAUAUGUCCCAAUGGAACGUCGCAGCUGACCACCAGUAUAAAAGCACAGGCGUGGUCGCUGCGCCGCAACCUCAGCUUCUGUCUAACGCCAGUCAGAUGGCCGUUUUGCUGCACGACCCUGCGGCGCUCCAGGAGCAGCCGUUGCCGAGUUUACCAAUCGACGAUGAAGACCAACCGGAUUAUGAGUACGGUAUGAUCCAGCCUGAAGAUGAGGAGGAGCUUUUCAGGGACGGGAGAGAGAAGCGUCAUGGUUGCACGAUGUGCCAUAAACGCUUUGACCGACCAAGCACUCUUAAGAAGCACUUGCUUGUCCAUACCGGCGAGAAAGCGUUUCAAUGCUCCCUCUGCCAGCGGCGUUUCGGGGUGAUGUCCAACCUCAACCGGCACAUCCGGCGCUGCUCGCAGCGGGAGGUGCAUCUCUACGGGACCAAGGGGAAGAGCAUGGAGAGCAUCGCACAAGUGGAAGCCGCGCUCAAGACGGGCAAGAGCGACAGCACGACUAAACGCACGCCCAAACGCCGUCGUCGUCCCCCGUCGCCUUCGCGCUGGGUCCCGCCCUCCCUGCGCUCAUUCAACCUGCUCCCGCCCGAGGCCAGCCCGCCCGCCAACCUCCCGCUCGACCCGGUCUCCCCCGCGCGCUCCGAGGCUGGCCCGUUGUGGGCCGCAUACGAGGACCGCGAUUCUUACGACGAGAAUGUGGGCAGCGCGCCGUAUCGCGAUGCGGAGUGGAACAAGAAGCGCAGGCUGCCCGGGCCAGCGCCGGUCAUGGUCCAGAGGCGGUUUGCAGAGCGGGUUAGGGUGCAUGUUUGA